UUAUUAGCGUUAUUGCUAAAUGCUGGCUAGACGAGAUUCCGAUUCUGCAGUCGUUGGCUCAUUGCGUGCGCGCGCGCACAUUCAGAAACAUGAACCGGUGAAGACGGCAAGUAAAUAAUAAUAUAACGUAACUAAUGUAAACAAACAAACGUGAAUUUUGCAGUGACGAAUUUUUGUAAAUAAUCGAAAUGGCGAACAGUUUUAAUAUGAAGGAAUUCAGCUCCACAGCAGUCAUCGCAGAACAUGGAGUUUUCCCCUCAACAAUAUCAAUCAACACAAUCAAUACAAAAUGUAAAGAAAAUGAAGUUGAAAAUAUCUAUGACCCUUUUCAGAAUAGAGAACUGGAACAUCCUAAUUCGGACAUCAGAUCGUUUGCAAACCUUCUGAAAUCUUCAUUGGGCUCAGGAAUACUCGCAAUGCCCGCUGCAUUCAAAAACGCUGGUACUAUUGUUGGUAUAUUCGGCACAAUAAUCCUGGGAUAUAUAUGUACGCACUGUGUUUAUUUAUUGGUUAAAACUUCGCAAGAUGUAUGCAGAGUGACAAAAGUGCCAUCCUUGGGAUAUGCCGAAACUGUUGAAGCAGUUUUUGCAACCGGUCCUCGACCGCUACGGAAAUUGUCAAAAGCUAUGAGGAUAUUUAUAGAUUGGGCGAUGGCCGUCACAAUUCUUGGCGCCUGUGCCGUCUAUGUCAUCCUGCUCGUGGAAUCCGUUCAGCAGAUCGUCGAUCAUUUUUAUGAAAAGAACAAUCUGACAAUCACAUUAUACUGCCUAAUGUUCCUGGUGCCAAUAUUGAUAUUUACCCAAAUCAAGAAUCUGAAAUACAUCGCCCCAUUUUCUGGAUUUGCCAACGUGUUGUUGGUGCUGACUUUCCUGAUCUGCCUGUACUACAUUUGCGCUGAGUUCCCUAGUUUUGACUCACGACCAAUGUCUGUUCACGUUGGACGGCUACCACUAUUUAUCGGUACAGUUAUAUUUGCAAUGGAAGGCAUAGGAGUGGUGCUGCCCGUGGAAAAUACAAUGGCUAAGCCUCAACAUUUUCUCGGGUGUCCGGGAGUUUUGAAUAUCACGAUGACGAUUGUAGUCCUUCUUUACAUGAUCAUGGGGAUUUUGGGAUAUUUGCGGUAUGGAGACGCUGCAGAAGGAAGCAUUACGUUGAAUCUGCCUACCAAAGAAAUACCUGCAUUAAUGGCGAAAGUGUUCAUCAUCUUGGCGAUCUUCUUCACUUAUAUUCUACAGUUCUACGUGCCAAUGGAAAUCGUAUGGCGCAAUACAAAACAUCAUGUUGCCCAAAAAUACCAUAAUAUUGCUCAGGGAGUCAUGAGAGCGUUAUUCGCAAUUCUUACGGUGAUCGCUGCUGCCUCGUUGCCACGACUGGAACAAGUGAUUGGACUUGAAGGUGCUUUCUUUUAUUCAUUCCUGGGUCUCAUAGCCCCUUCGCUAAUGGAGCUUGUCUUCUGCUGGGAUCGUGGCCUCGGAAAGUAUAACUACAUCCUAAUCAAGGAUAUUUUACUGAUCAUCUUUGGUUGCUUCGUUUUACCCAUUGUAUUUGGUGUAGGGGCAGUGGUAAUCUUAACAUCAGUUUUGGCUCACCUUGUAUGGGGUAAGAAGUCCAAAAGCCCCAGAAAAAGUAAGCCUCUCGUAACUUUAGUGGAUCCAAAUACAAAAUAUGCAUUACCGCUGAUUGAACGUGAAGAAAUCAGUCAUGAUACAAGGAGAUUCCGAUUCGGUCUGCCCACCCCAGAACAUGUUUUAGGAUUGCCAAUAGGCCAGCACAUCCACUUAUCAGUCAAGAUAGAUGAUGACCUUAUUAUCAGAGCUUACACUCCAGUGUCCAGUGAUGAGGAGAAGGGUUAUGUUGAUUUAGUCAUUAAGGUUUAUUUCAAAAAUGUCCAUCCGAAAUUCCCUGAUGGUGGUAAAAUGUCACAACACUUGGAAAACAUGAAAAUUGGCGAAACAAUUGACGUACGAGGACCGUCUGGUAGACUUCAAUAUGCAAACAACGGUACAUUCCUGAUAAAGAAACUGAGAAAGGAUCCGCCAGUAAAAAUCAUGGCCAAAAAGCUGAAUAUGAUUGCAGGUGGCACUGGCAUCACACCAAUGUUACAACUUGUAAGGCACAUAUGUACAGAUCCAACUGACAAGACCGAGUUGAGUUUGUUGUUCGCGAAUCAAUCUGAAGAAGAUAUCCUAGUGAGGCCGGAGCUUGAGAAAUAUCAGAGGGAACACCCUGAACAGUUCAAACUAUGGUACACGAUUGAUAGAGCAACUGAAGGUUGGCAGUACAGCACCGGAUUUAUUAACGACGAAAUGAUCAAAAACCAUCUAUUUCCGCCCGGCGAUGACGUCAUAGUGCUCAUGUGUGGCCCUCCACCAAUGAUAAACUUCGCUUGCAACCCUGCUUUAGACAAAUUGGGCUAUGCAGAGAAUUUACGCUUCGCAUACUAGUUACAUGAAAAUACGAAACACAAAUUAUGUAAUAGAACAUGUUGAGGUCUUAGCUCAUUUACACGACAUCGUUUCUACACAGCACGCACGGCUCCACCUCAAAUCGAAGUGACCGCUAGUUGGCAACGCGCUGACAGCUAGCAGAAAGCUUGUAGUCCACGCGAUGACUGCUAGCAGUACGGCGUCUCCCUGUAAAAUGAAUGUAUAGUGUAUACAGUACGAUUUUAAGCACAUAUUUGAAUGUUUAUUCUUUUACCGUGCGGGUGCUAUGUCGUAUAAGUGAGCUACGACUUUUUUACUCUGCUUUCAUUUCGAAUGACAAAUUUUUCGUGAUUUACAUUCCGUCAUAAUAACACUUCUUUUCAGUAUCUAAAACAUACUGACUGACUAUUAUACUGUCAGUCAGUAAACUAAUACAAGUACACUGGACUUGCGAUUGCCGACCUGUUUUUAAAGCAGUGAUGUGAUGAGACAUCUGUCAGUAUAAUGUCAAGACGAAGACCAUUUGACACACUAAGAAUUUCAUAAUUUGAUUUCCGAUACGCUGGGAGGGCGAAUUUGAAUCUGCACAAAAAAUAACAGCUGUAAUUUUUUUUACGACACACCUUUUCCAGCGUACUUGUACAUACUACAUAUGUCCAUUUCAAUGAUUAUAACAGUAAUCAUCGGGGAACAAAAUACAACGUAUUUUGUUUGGGAACAAUAGUAUUUUAUAUGACCAGUAUAGUUUAUAUAUUACUUUGUUUUGAAGCCAACCUGGUUAAAUAUUUAUUAUAAUUUGUACAUGCUUUUUAAUUUUAAGUAUAUUGAAUCUUUGAUUUUAUUGUAGUGGUAGAGUUUUACAUUAAAAGACAAUAAACAAUUGUUAAUUUUUAA